GCCGUUAAAACCGAGCGGCGAGCGGCGGAGUCGCCCAGAACGUUCCGCUCGCGGCGGUGUGCGGAAUGAAGGAUUUUUGUCUAUGUUGAUCUUUGCUGUAUUUUACCUAGAUGAGUAUCUGACAGUUUUUCCUUUAAGGCUAAGAAAAAUCACCAAGGAUAUGUCUGUGGUUGAGCAAGAUCUAGAUCCAGAUAGUACUACAGGUACAGAAUUUGUUAUAGAUUCUGAAGAAGAACUUAUUAAAGAAUGUGAAGAACUCUGGAAAGAUAUGGAAAAAUGUCAGAAUAAAUGGUCGCUUAUUGGAACUGAGACACUCACUAAUUCAAAUGCACAGACAUUGAUUAGGAAAGUAAUUCCUCUGACUGAUGAUGUUCUAACUACAUUAGGGAAGGAAGAGUUACAAAAAUUGAAACAUGAUCUUGAAAUUAUACUACCCACUAUUCAGUCAAAGAAUAAAAAGUUAAAGGAAGACUUUGCAAGAGAGCAGCAGUGGUUGGAUGAACAGCAACAAAUAAUGGACACACUUACUACAAUCCAAAGUGAACUGGAAAGUCAGAUUGAGGCACAUUCUAAAUCAAGACUUGAAAUGACUAAUGAGAUGAAAGCUAAAAUACUCACUAUAAAAGAAUUUAAGGAGAAACUCUUGAUUGCCCUGGGUGAAUUUCUUGAAUACUAUUUUCCUCUGCCUGGUGGAAAAACUAAAAGGAAAAAGACAAAAGUUGAACCAACUGCACAGCUGAUAACAUUGAAUGAGAUAAUUGAGAUCCUUAUAAAUAGAAUGUUUGAUGUUCCACAUGAUCCCUAUGUCCAAAUUAAUGCUUCCUUUUGGCCACCUUAUAUUGAGCUGCUGCUGCGCAAUGGAAUUGCCUUGAGACAUCCUGAAGAUCCAAACCGAAUAAGAUUAGAAGCCUUUCAUCAGUAAAAGGAUGGUCUCUUUUCAUACUGUAAGGAAUCUUGUUAUCCAAGGAUAAAGGAAACAUAGCACUGUUUGAAUAAGUCAAUAAUAGCUCAUAGUUAGUAGUUCAUAUUCCUCUUGCUGUUUUAUAAACAAGUUCUUACUGUGUAGCCCAGGCUAGUGUCCAUCUCCAUAUCUUUCAGCAUCCAUUUCUCCAGUGCUGGUUGUGGUGUGUGCUACCACCGAGCAAGGUGGUUGAUCUACUUUAAAACUUAAAUAACGCAAACUGCCAACUAUUCAUUUAUAAAGUGAUAUUUUUUUUUACUCAUUCAGUACUUUUAUGUUUUCAACUGCAAGUGAAAAAUACUGUAGAUUGUUUAUCAAGUGUGUACUCAAUGUUCUUUGAAAAAUUGUAAAUUUGUGAAGUUGCUAAUAUUUUUCCAGAAUUGUUGUAUUGGAGACUAUUGGCUCAUUCCUACAGGCUGAGAUCUGAGGAUUCCAGAUUGAAGCCAGCUUGGGUAGACAAAUGA